UCCAGAUAUCCAUCAGUGCAUUGCAGAUUUUUCUGGUGUUUUAGGACAUUUGCUAGAGAGGUUGAAAAAGGGAAAUUUGUUCCGAAAUCUGAAAGCCGUUUGCAUCCCAUAUCUCGUGAUGACGUAUCCACUGGAGUAAAGAAAAAAGGCGGAAGUAAGAAACAGAUGGUAACAAAGUCUACAUCGAUGGAUCAGCCGCAAGGAACAAAGACACCUGCACCGAUCCAGCAAUCAAAGUCAGCAGGAAAUUUAGGCCCAUACGAUGGGCACGGGAAGCGAGGCCGGAAUCUGAUUGCGAGGAUCAAAGGCCUCUCCGAGUCUUCAUCAUCGUCUGAAGAUGACGAAGAGGACGAGGAUGAGCUGACAAAUGCGAGAAUCAACACAAGUCGAGUGAGGAAGACAAACAGCAAUACGAAACCUCGUAAGGAAGAAAAGGUUUACGACUACUGCGCAGAGUGUGGCCAGGUGCAUACAGCAGACGAGGAAACUACGGAGGAGACCGAUCACGACAUAUGUCCUGACUGUGGUGUCCCCCAUAACCCAUUUCAACACCCACCAUCACCUUCCUCAAAGAACAAAUGGCGCCAAUACGUGGAACAUUGUCGCAAUGCUAUGAUCCAGCUAGCGAACCAAAGUUACCAUCAAGUACCACAGGACCCACCGGAACCGAAAAGGGAAGAGAUAUUACCAAGUAUUGAAGGACCUCAUACGACAGAUGAGCUCAGAGGAGGUGCUAGAUACAAAAUGAAGUACCUUGGGACAACUCAGGUUCUUUCCCAGCACCCGGUUACAAAGGAAACAAGAAUGGAACAAGCAAGGGAAGCCUUUGCCAGGAUCAAGGUUCCCGACGGAGAGGUACAGCCAGCCACAGAUGUCGACAUUGUCAUUUCACUUGAGCGAAUCAAAGUUCUCAAUUGUGAAGGAAAGCACGAAGACGUCAUGAUGGAUCAUGCAUUGCGCACUGUAUGCUUCAUCUGCGACAUGGGGGACAUCCUCGUUCUGAUGUCGCGGCGAUUAACUACUGAUUUGCCCGAUCUCAGUCUGGACAAACAAGGUUCCGUUUCGUUAUCGAAACUUCUUGCAGAAAGGGAGCAGCGAACGUCGAAAAAUAUCUGUCAUAUAUUUCAGUGUGAAGAGGCACAAACAAUUUCCAAGGCCAUUGGCCAAGCUUUCAAUAUGGCCUAUCGGCAAUUCCUGAAAUCCAAUGGAAUCUCCCACGACAACGUUGAAGAAGCUGAAUAUUGCCAUGUGCUAGAGUCGCAGAAAAUCGUUGGCCAAGACCUCGACCUACUCGCGGACAGUAGCAAUACCAGAGAUAUCGUUAUACAGAAGAAGAGAGGCGAGGCAUUAGGCAUUAUGUUACUUGAAUCCGGUUGGGGCUCCAUGCUUCCCACUGUUUUCGUCGCCCAUAUUGCAAUAUAUUCGCCUUCCGCACGACUCGGUGGGUCAUUGAGUGUUGGAGAUCACAUUCUUGCCUGCAACGGUGCAAGUCUUGUAGGACUACCUCUUUCGGAAUGUAACCAGAUUUUACGGAACACUCGAUCAAGUGCCAGAGUUAUACUCAAAAUAGUCUCAUGUCCUCCUGUUGUUGAUGUUGUUGUAUCGCGACCUGAUGUCAAAUAUCAAUUGGGGUUCAGCGUUCAAAAUGGCACUAUAUGUAGCUUACUUCGUGGUGGCAUUGCUGAACGAGGAGGUGUCAGAGUUGGCCAUCGAAUAAUUGAAAUUAAUGGAGAAAGCGUCGUGGCCAAAUCUCAUCAACAUAUUGUUGACAUUUUAGCAACUACUUCUGGGGAUAUCAGCAUGAAAACUUUACCAGUUGCAAUGUACAGACUUAUGGUUGGCAUCGAUACCCCGACCCAUGUAUAACCGUACUGAGCGAUUUCCAGUGACGUAACACAUCAUUCUUCGGUAACGCUGGUGAUACGCAGGCCUAGCUUUCAGAGUUAUGGUGUGCCCAACUUGUUACCGUACAAAAUAUAACGAUUGCAUCACGAUGUUAUGAAUGCGGAUGAUGAUAGACCAUGACAGCCUGUGGGUAUUAGCCAAAUUUUGCUGAAUGCGAUUGUUAAUUGAUGUUUCUUUAUGGUGCUAAAUACCAAAGGUUACUGGACAUAAACGAAUAGAGAAGAGAAACGGGGGUUAACUACAGAGUUCAAUGAAUAUGUUUUACAGGAAAUGUAUUUAAUCGUUGAAGCAGUGAAUGGGAGAGAGCUUAAUCACUAUUGGGGCAUAUAAGGGCAGAUCAUAAAUAUUUGAUUAGGUUUUAUGUAAUAUGUGAUCGUUGCGUUUAUAGGUAGCGUCGAAUGUCGAAUGGGUUCUGCCAGCACGUGCAUAAAAUAACAUUGCCGUGCGCUGUUCUAAAGUAAAGGUGCAUCCGAUACUACUAGUAAUAAUCAAUUUAAACAUGUAGAAAGUUGCGUUCCGUGAAAAUUUAACUUGAAAUAUUGGCCGAAUAUGCCAAAGAUAAAUUUGCUUUGUGUUCUGUGUUAUAUCGUGAAGAACUUAGUAUUUCACUGAAUGUUUUACUGAACAAAAUCUCAAAAGAGGCCAUAGCCUCGUUCCUUUACUUUUUGAUGCAAAUCUCAUCACAAAAGUUAGUUGUUUACAAUUGUUCCGUUCUGUUUCUCCAUGCCCUUAGGCCGUUAAACAGCCUUUUGAACAUCUAUUUCUUUGAACUAGCCAUAAAAUAAGUAUAGUUGAACAUUUUUAAAUUUUUCCUUUUCAAUUCAUUUGUCAACAUCGAAACACAUUGUCGCUAGAUACUCAAACAUUUCAUGUAUUUGCCCGUGUCUAGAAUCUGAUUUCUGGUUGGUGGAUUCUCGAAUUUUACAGUUCUUUUCUUUGUAUUAUGAGUUUUUUAUUUACAUUUCAAAUGAAAACCAUAUACGCGAGUCCCAUUGCACCAAGAAUUGGAAUAGCUUAGUUUACGUAAACAGUUAGUGAAACGAUUUUUGUUGAGUUCUUUUACUAAAGUCAUUUCAGUGGUUAUAACAGGCAAGGACCGAGAUACCGGGGGCCGGGGGCAGAGGACCUUAGAGGCCCCCCCCCCAAAAAAAACUUGACCGGUAUAAGUAAAAUACUUUAAUUUUGUAAAAUAUGGCUGUUUUUACACUUAUUUAUCAGGGCCCCCCCCCAAACAACAAAAAUUUGUAUCUCGGUCUUUGAUUACAGGUAUUGUAACGGUAAAAGACGUGCUUGUAACUUUGUUCUAGUUUGUUCGCACAACUAAAUGGCAAUAGUCAUGCAUCCACCAUUAACGAGGAUCCGAUUCUGUUAAUUUUUCAAACAGUUUUAUUAUUUACAAGCAAUGACUUGCUAACUUUUUUAUGUCUGUAGGCUGUAGCAAAUUGCUUUUUGUAUCGAUUAUUUAAUUCACGUAGUUUAAUUGCAUUUCUUUGCGAAAGAAACUUCUUCAAAAUUGAAUUCUAAUGUGUUUACCAAAUGAAAGCUUCUCAAGUUGUAA